AUGACUUCGAGGGCCGCUGAUCCUGACGGGAUUCGUCUAGCUGUUCUGAAACCGAAGGUGGGACAGCUAACGGUGUCCCUGAGCAACCUCUUCAACGCCCCUUUGGAUACGGGUAGGCUGCCGGAUGAUUGGCUACUGGCAACGGCUGUCCCAAUCCACAAGGCGGAGAUAGGAACUCGUGCUCGAAUUACCGACCAGCGAGCCUGA